AUGGCGUUUUUACCCAUCAACUCAUCCAGCUUGGAUCUCUCGAUAUCGAUGCCCGGCUUUGCUUCUUCUCCGCCUCGUCCUUCAGCGAAAGAAUUGGACAUGAACCGGGUACCGGAGGUAGGAGAUGGCGCGGAGGAAGAACAAGCGGUGGCGGAGAGGACGGAGGAGGAAGAGGAGAGCUGCAGCAUUAACAAUGGAGGUGGUCAGCCAAAGAAGAAGCUUAGUCUAUCAAAACAUCAGUCUCGUCUCCUUGAAGAUAUCUUCAGGCAUAACCAUUCAUUAAACCCUAAGCAAAAGGAAGCCUUGGCUAUGGCACUCCAGCUGAAGCCAAGGCAAGUUGAAGUCUGGUUUCAGAAUCGUAGGGCCAGGAGCAAGCUGAAGCAAACUGAGAUGGAAUGUCAGUAUUUAAGGAGGUGGUUUGGGUCAUUGACGGAGCAAAACCGCCGGCUGCGGCGGGAACUGGAGGAGCUCAGAGCUACUAAGGUUGCUCUCCCAGCCGUCGUCUCAAGCCACGGACGACAGCCACCCAUCCCGGAGUCCACUAUAACCAUGUGUCCCCAGUGCAAGCGCAUAACCGCUGCCACUAUAACAUCUAGUAGGGCUGCAGCCACCCAGACCGCCAUUGGCACCACUGCAACGCCAUCGAAGGCAGUUCGGUCCACCCUCAAGUUGCAGCAGCCGUCUCAAGGUUGAUGAUCGGCCGACCAAGAAGGCCAGAAAUGAACAAAUGACGACAAACCAUGGUUAGAAAAUGACCUUAGGCUGUUCCUCCA